AUGAUGGUUCCCAACCCACGAAUAAUCUUCCAGGAGACGUGGUGUCGAGGAGAAGUCCCGCAGGGUUUUAUGGGCGCCACAAACGUGAACCUCUACGGGUGGAAAGGAAACCGCCAAAUCCGCGACAACCACCCUGGAAUUUCCCCGCUGAACCGUCUGAACAAGCAUCUGGAACAAGGUUUCCCGCCGGAAAGCCAGCGUGGCUUCCGUCGUCAUCGUGGGAUAACGAACAAGAUCUUCGUCGCUCGCCAACUUCAGGAGAAGUGUCACGAGAUGCGGACCCACCUUUACUCUACCCUCGGGGAUCUGAUGAAGGCCUUCGACAUGGUGAAUUGCAAAAGACUGUGGAAAACUAUACAGGAACUUGGUUGGCCCGAAUGAUUCACUCAGAUGGUGCGCCAGCUCCACGAUGGCAUGAGGGCGCGAGUCACUGACAAUGGAGCUGUCUCAAAGGUACUUGCAGUAACCGACAGAGAGAAGCAGGGCUGCGUUCUCGUGACUACACUCUUCAGUCUCACGUACUUUGCCAUGCUGAUGGACAUCUACCGUGACGAAAGUCCGGAGGUCCGAAUUGCUUACAGGAUGGACGGCCAACUUUUCAACCACUUUCAAUCGCUUGUCUUCACAACCACUUUCCAGGAACCUCCGUUCGCCGAUGACUGCGCCCCCAACGCAACUACUGAAGGAGACAUGCAAAGGAGCAUGGAUCUCUUCCCCUUUGCCUGCGAGAACUUCGGCCUGAACAUCAACAGGGGGAAGACGAUGGUUCAUGCACCAACCGCCACCCAACAUUGCCUACAUUGCGCCGCAAAUCAGCGUGAACGGAACCUAACUACAAGUGGUGGACAACUUCACGUAUCUGGGCAACAACCUCUCCUGCAGCACCAAAAUCGACGAUGA